AUUUCCCUUAAUUCCUUUUAUGCAUCCUCAAGCUGCAUGCGGGCUCAGCUCUUUCAUACAUCCCCUGCCUAUAUAAAAUGAACUCAGCACACCCCCACAACCAAGGAGAACUUCCAACACAACUCAAGCUGAAUUAAUGGCGCCAUCCGCUCCCCAAUUUCUCAGAACCGCCUCUCUUAAUCCAAUCCAAAGAAUACUCCUGAUCACCCUCAUUCUGCUGAUCACGCACACAAACCCAUCCGAAGCAGCCAGACCACUCCCAGCCAACGUGAACAAACCGGCCUCAUCCACAAACACAGCGGAGCUAUUCGUAAGAAGCGCGUGCAGCUCCACAACAUACCCGGACCUCUGCAUCAGCUCCCUAACCUCCUAUUCAAGCAGCAUCAACAGCAACCCCAUGCUCCUCGCCCACACCGCCCUCUCCGUCACCCUCGAUGGCGCCCGCUCGGCCGCCCCCCCCCGCCAUGAAGUCCAUGUCGGCCGCCGGCGGGCGUAUGAGCCCGCGUGAGUCGGGAGCUAUGAGCGAUUGCAUGGAGAACCUCGGCGAUUCAAUCGGCCAACUGAAGGACUCCUUGAGCGAGAUGAGCAAUAUGCGUGAUGGGAAGGAUUUGGGUUAUAAGAUCAACAGCAUACAGACGUGGGUGAGCGCGGCGCUGACGGAUGACGAUUCCUGCAUGGACGGAUUCGGUGGGAAGUCGAUGGAUGGGAGCGUGAAGACGGCGGUGAGGGGGCGUGUUGUCAACGUCGCUCAUCUCACCAGUAAUGCUCUCGCUAUCCUCAACGCUGUUUCCUCCUCCGCCAGCCGGACGGCCGCCAGUGAUGCUCCCUGAUAUGUAAUUAGGACUCCCCGUCUUAGUUUUCUAGUAAUUGCUGCGUGUUCUUCGAUGUGUUGUGCGUGUUUGCUAAAUAUUAAUUACGGAUUAAGCUUUCUUAAUCGAGUGAUUAAUAUGUGCGCAGGCAGCUGGAUUCAUUACAAAUGGAAAGCUGUACUGCGUUGUGAUUUCGAUUGGAAUGUCUGUAGUGUUGAUAUAUAGUAAAAUUUGAUGUGAAAUUGUUAUGAA